AUGUGUGCACACUUGGCUCUGCCCAACUACCAGGCUUACCCCGGCGGGACUGGCAUGGGGUACCUGGACUUCUACUGGAACUCGGCGGGGGAGACAGGACAUGGCCCCACUUCGACUGGGCCCGCGGGAGCCGUGGGCGCCGGUCAGUCUCCGGAGGCAGGAGGGAAGAGGCAGACGGCAGAAGUAUCCCCAGCUUCGUCCAGUUCUGGGAAUUUCAGCCAGUUCACACCAGAUUCAGCCACCAGUCCACAUUCAGCAUCCUUGUCCCCACAGCCUAUGGAUAAGUUCCAGAAGGGCAGAGAAGAUGACAUGGAUGAUGGGGCAAGGAAGGCCAAGAAACGCACAGCUUUCUCCAAGGAGCAGCUACACACCUUGCACCAGAGGUUCCAGAACCAGAAGUACCUCAGCCCCCAGCAGAUCCGGGAGCUGGCUGCUGCCCUGGGGCUCACCUACAAGCAGGUGAAGACUUGGUUCCAGAACCGGAGGAUGAAGCUGAAAAGGUUCCAGAAGUAUAGCCUGUGGUCUGAACGGGCUCAGUGCUUCACGCAAAGUCCCUUCCAGCCAAGUACUUACCUGGACAUGCACCCCAAAUUCCACCAGGGCUACCCAAUCACCACAGCCAGCAACAUGCAAACCAUGCCUCCCCCCCGUCAGCACUACGGAGCAGGGCAGAAUGCUUACACGGUUGUGACCGAGGAUGGAGGAGUCUUUGGCAAAGGUGGGGGCACCUGCAGCGUCCAGCAGACACUGCCCAACUUCAUUACCCAGCACAAAGUAGACUUUUACCACAGCUGUCCUGGCAGUGUGGAAUAUCCAGGCACAAAGACGGGUGACAGUUGUAACUUUCACCACUCUGCCACCAUGGGGGCUCCUUUCCCAACCACUGCUGGCCACCAUCUCUAUCAUUCCUAA